UCCCUUACCGUUUCUCCAAAUCCGCAGAACCCUACCCUUCAGAUCGGCGACAAUGUCGAUGUCGAAGAGUUCAAAGAUGCUUCAGUACAUAAAUUACCGUAUGCGGGUCACGAUCCAAGACGGACGUCAGCUAGUCGGUAAGUUCAUGGCCUUCGACCGCCACAUGAAUCUCGUAAUUGGCGACUGCGAAGAGUUCCGUAAGUUACCCCCUGCGAAAGGUGCGAAGAAGAACGAAGAACGCGAGGACCGGCGGACUCUUGGUCUCGUUCUUUUGAGAGGCGAAGAGGUGAUUUCCAUGACUGUUGAAGGCCCUCCACCACCUGACGAGAACCGGGCCAAAGCCGUCGGAGCGGCUGCGUUGGCUGGUCCGGGUCUUGGUCGUGCUGCUGGUCGUGGAAUCCCGACUGCGCCUUUAAUUCAGGCUCAACCGGGUUUAGCUGGACCAGUUAGGGGAGUUGGUGGGCCUGCUCCAGGCAUGAUGCAGCCGCAGAUUUCUCGACCACCUGUUCCGAACAUGUCUGCUCCGCCCAUGAACUACCCACAGGCUCCAGUGAUUCGACCCGGACAGAUGCCGUACCCUGGACAGGGUCCUCCUCCUCAGAUGCCACGCGGACCACCUCCACAGAUGCCCCCUCAGUUUGCUCAACGGCCUCCUGGUCAGUAUCAGGUGCCUCCGCCCGGGCAGUACGGGCAGAGACCUAUGGCUCCCCCUCCCCAGAUGAUGAGGGGUCCGCCACCACCAGGAGGAGCUCCACGUCCUGGUAUGCCUGGUCCGCCUCCAUCUGCUCGGCCUGGGAUGCCUCCUCCUGGUGGGCAGAUUCCAGUUUAUGGCCCUCCUCGGCCUGGUAUGCCACCUCCGCCAAACUCUCAGCAACAACAGCAGCAGCAAUGAUUGAUUCAUGACCAGGAGAGAAUCAUAGGUGCUUGGAGCUGUGAGAUCUGCUUCAAAGGGGAGGAGUUGAGAGAAGUGAUUGUGGGCAUCUAUUUUUUUCAAUCUGCAAGGCUGAAUGGUCUCGAUUCCCUUCAUCAAUUUGUGGGCUUACUAUAGCAAGCAUUCUUAGUGCAUUUUUAUGUUUCUGUUCAUCACUGGACUUCCUGAUGGUUACAACCUUGCACGGCUGUCACUUCAGCUUCGUCUUUGAUAGUUGACGUUUUACUGUAGCAGUCUUUCGUUUUGUAAUAUUUUGUAUUAAAGAGCUAUUGUUACAUCAUGAGAGAUGGGGAGGGGAAAUUAAGAUUCACGAUAAGCGCAUUUGAUGGUGAGGUCAAAGCUUUGAGAGAGAGUUAUACAUUUGCAGCAUUUCAAAAACUGCUGUCUAGUCAUGAGUUAUAACUAGUAAAUAAAGCCUACAACAUUUCUAGACUGUGCAUUCCAUGCAUGUUCGACUCUGCCAAAUUGGCAGAGUUUUUGGAAUGGAAAAGCUUUUAUCCUCGCAUGGAGGGAAUAAAGGCCUACAACAUUCUUGUAUUGCAUUUCUACUUUUCUGCCUUUUAAACUAUGGAGGGAAUUUCGGUUUGAGGCUCUUUUGUUUUUGGGAAUGGGUUUCCUCUUUUCAUGUAUUUUAAAGCUGUUGUUAAAAAAGGACAACUUUACAUACCUUGGUCUUCUCUGAUAUUUUUACUGUCAGUUUUGUGACCUUGCUGUGACAGUGGCUGAAGUUGCAAGUAAUCUUUUUAAACUGGCAAUCUGCUGCAUUCUAUUCAGCCGCCUAUUUAAAGCUCUAAUUUCGUGCGUG